CAUUGAUUUCUUAAAAGUCUUCAUACUUUAGUGCUCCUGAAGUACAGAUAAACCUUCAGAUAUUCUAAUUUAGCUUUUAUAUCUCAAAUAUAGGGCACUGAGGAUUGGGUUAUUAUAGACAAAAUACCAUCUGAGGUAGUUGAUGGUGAAUCGAAAAAAAGUCUGGCAUACAAAGUAGUGACUGUGAGCAGUAAAUCCACCUUUCCACCUGAGAUGUUAAAAUCCAGUACCAUUCUAAUGCAGAGCUUUGAGGACUUGGAAGGUGAAAUACAAUCCAAAGAGGAGAAUAAGCAGAAAAUGUUCACCUUAGGAAAGUCCUAUGAUACUGUAUCUGGGAAAAUUGUAACCAUGACAAGUAAAGCUAAAGAGAGUGAGAAAGCAGUACAGCCUUCAGUAGAAGCUUUGCAAAAAAUGGAAAGGGAAGUGCAAGAAUCUGUGAAAAUCAUUCCUGUAGUGGCUGAGUAUGAAAUCCUUGAGCCUGUCACUGAUGAGAAAGCCAGGCGGGGAUCCGACGUGCAGAGCACGAAAAGAAAGCUGUCCGACUCUCUGACACCUAUAAAAGAAGCAGAAUCUCAGUUGCAAAGUCCUGAAGAGGAAAGUUUGAAAAAGACACUAAAGAUGGAUGAGGAUUUGCAGUUACAUGGUACACUGGGAAGCUUGCAGCUUGGCAAAGCAGAAAAACACCUUGGCAGUGAAGCUGCAAAAGCAGGGGCAUUUGCCCGGAGAGCUAAGAGCCUGUCUGAGUGGAGAUAUUCCAGAGAACAGCCAUUUACCAUUGCUACUGCUCACUAUGUUACUGAGUCGUCCACGUCAAAAGUAGUGGUAACAAGUGGCUUUGACUUCGUGCCAUGGUUUAAAGAUUAAAGCAUGACUUCUUUUAGGCAAUCCCUUCACACCACCCUGCCUUUCAGUCUUCUCACUGCCUGGCUUUAUGUUGACAGCAGCCAACCCAGCUUAUUUCUUUUUUCCCCUCAUACUUUGAAUCCAGCCCAGAGUCUGAAGCAGACAUUAUA